AUGAGUGACUUCAAGGGAAUCAUGAAGGGAGGCUGGCAUCCCAAAGGCAAAGAUGGAGGCAAAGAAUCCUGGCGAGGCGAUUUCAAGGGUAUCAAUCAAGUGGUAAGGAAGUCCUUCACGGCCCAGAUGACCUCCGCUGAGUGCGAACAGGCUGGCUGGGUAGGGAAGGGCAAGAAGCCUGGAGACAACUCAGGCUCAGAGCAUGUGUCACGACCGCUAGCAUCCCUCAAAGAUCCAUCCUCAUUCGGACCUCCGCCCAAAAACGUCAACUACCAUGGCGGCGCGGCGUUGCCGAACGAGAUCACGCCGCACCGAGGCGGCAUAGGCGCGCCAUUGACACAGGAGCAGAUCUCAAGUGCAAGUAGAGCGGUCCAGCCUGAGGAAGCAGCAGAGCCGGCGAGACCUGUUCCAGCCCUACCAUACCGUGCAAAUACUACUGGUCUUGCUACGGAUCAUUUUGCCCCUCCGCCAGUUCGCAGAGAUCAUCCUCCGGCAGAGCCUGCGCAGGCGUCGACACCCAAGCCUGGUCUCCCGCCUAGGUUACCUGCCCGCCAGAACACUAAUGAAAGCGUAACUGCGAAUCCACCGCCAUCCUAUGAUGCAGUUGCGGCUCCAGCUCCUCAAUCAACGACUGGUAUUACCCUGAACAGAAGCGCCGUCAACAGGCUCGGCAAGGCUGGUAUCAAUGUCCCAGGCCUCGGCAUUGGCAGGACCGAUUCCGGCGCAACAACUUCGCAGGACAAUCCGUGGAAGGGCGAGCACAGCCAGAAUCAAACACAGACGUCUGGCAAUACGAUGUCAGAAUUACAGUCUCGUUUUUCGAGGAUGAACAGCAGCGAAAGUGCUUCUCAAGUCCAGCCAGCAGCAGCUACCUCGCCGCCUACGAUGCAGCAGACAACUUCCGCCUUCAACACAGCGCAAAAUUUUCGCCGGGAUCCGUCAUCUGUAUCCGUGAGUGAUGCGAAAGACGCUGCCACUACAGCCAACAGCGCUGCCCGCUCAGCAUCUGCUUUCCGCGAGAAACACUCGGGUUCUAUUGCAGCCGCCCAGCAGCGAGGCAACGCCUUCAAUAACAAAUAUCAAAUACAGUCACGCUUCGAGAAGUUCCUUGAUAAGCAUGCACCUUUGGAAGACCAGCAGCAGCAAGGGCAACAGUCCGGACAGAUUCCAGCUGUGUCAACGCCGUCGCCAAUCGCUCAACAACCUCAGCCACAGUGGCCCCAACAGCAUCCCAGUGCAACACCGAUAGUGCAGACUCCCAGCUCAGAAAUAUCGGCAUCAAUAUCUCGAAAACCUCCCCCACCGCCCCCGCCGAAGAAACCGAGCGGUAUGCAUGGAAACUCGGUGGGGAGUCCACCACCGCCAGUGCCGCUUGGUACAAAGCCAGGAUUCUCGUGA